CCAUUGACCCUCAAUAGGAAGGUAUUUGGGCCUACACAGGGGUCAUGGGACCUCCUCAGUGGAGGAUUGUGUUUCAGAUGCUUCCAGGCUGGGCAGCAGGCAGUGCUGAGACAGUGGAUGCAAAUUAAGUUAUUGGAUUUUUUUUUUUUUAAAUUGACAUUAAUGUGAUGCCUGGAUUUGGUUCUGGAUGCAUGCAGAUCCUGUAAAAGGAGUGUUACUGAAAGGCAGUGAGCUGCAGGAAUACCAUGCUGCCACGCUGUGCUGGACGGGUGUGCCAUGUGCUUGUGUUGGUGCUGUGUCUGUCUGCGGCUGAGGACUUCGACUGGACAAAGAACGACCGCGGCUCCUUCUAUUAUGGCACUUUUCCAACUGGAUUUUCGUGGGGUGCCGGCAGUUCAGCCUAUCAAACCGAAGGAGCCUGGGACAGAGAUGGCAAAGGAAUGAGCAUCUGGGAUGUCUUCGCUCAUAGAAAAGGAAAAGUCUUCCUGAAUGAAACAGGAGAUGCGGCAUGCGAGGGCUACUAUAAAGUAAAGGAUGAUGUAUCUCUGAUGAAGGACCUCAACCUGAACCACUAUGUUUUCUCCAUCUCCUGGCCAAGGAUUAUUCCCACUGGAAUCAGGACCGACCAUGUGAAUGAGAAAGGAAUCAGGUACUAUGACGCCCUCAUUGACCAACUUCUGGAAAAUAAAAUUACUCCCAUUGUAACCUUGUACCACUGGGACCUGCCUCAGCUUUUGCAGGAGAAGUACGGAGGGUGGCAGAACAUCAGCAUGGUCAAUUAUUUCAACGAAUAUGCUAAUCUGUGCUUCGAGAGGUUUGGAAAUCGUGUGAAACACUGGAUAACUUUCAACAACCCAUGGUCAGUGGCAGUAGAGGGCUAUGAAACAGGGGAACAUGCUCCAGGAAUAAAGCUCAGAGGCACUGGUGCCUACAGGGCUGCUCAUCACAUCAUCAAGGCACAUGCCAAGGUUUGGCAUACUUAUGACAGUCAGUGGAGAAACAAACAAAAUGGUAUGGUGGGGAUCUCUCUGUCCGGGGACUGGGGGGAGCCAGUGGACAUCACCAACCUGAAGGACAUUGAGGCAGCUGAGAGAUAUGUCCAGUUUUACAUGGGCUGGUUUGCUACACCCAUCUUCCAUGGAGACUACCCUCAGGUCAUGAAGGACUUCAUAGGUAGAAAAAGUGGUCAGCAGGGGUUGGGAACAUCUCGACUCCCCACGUUCUCCUCACAGGAGAAGAGCUACAUCAAAGGAACCUGCGACUUCUUGGGAGUAGGGCACUUCACCACACGUUACAUCACCCAGAAGACCUACCCUCCGGGCCGUGGAGGCAUCUAUUUCACUGACCGUGACUUGGCUGAGCUGGUGGAUCCUCGCUGGCCUGAUCCUGGUUCAGAGUGGCUCUACUCUGUUCCAUGGGGCUUCCGGCGUCUGCUCAACUUCGUCAAGACUCAGUAUGGAAACCCGAUGGUCUACAUCACUGGAAACGGUGUCUCUGAGAAGAUGAUGUGCACAGAGCUGUGUGAUGACUGGAGGAUGCAGUAUUAUAGGGAUUACAUUAAUGAGAUGCUAAAAGCUAUCCGAGAUGGAGUGAACGUGAAGGGCUACACUGCCUGGUCUCUGCUGGAUAAGUUUGAAUGGGACGAGGGCUACUCGGAGAGGUUCGGCCUGUACUAUGUGGACUUCAAGAAUAAACAUAAAACCCGCUACCCCAAGGCCUCUGUUCAGUACUACAAACGCAUCAUCAACUUCAAUGGAUUCCCUAAUCAGAGAGAGGUUGAGAACUGGAAGAGGAAAGCCAAGGAGAUGUGCUCUUCUAGCAACCAGCUCCUGGCUGCAGAGGAACAGCGGAGUACGGCUGCUAAUAUUCUAAGACUUAUUCAUGAUCCAUUGACCAGCCACAUGGAGAUGGUAACAGAGAUCGUGGUCCCUACUGUGUGCACCCUCUGCAUUCUUAUCAGCGCAGUUUUUCUCAUGUUCCUCCUUAGAAGACGCAACUAGCAGGACAAUGUUUAGGUCAGAGCUAGGACUACCAUGUAUGCAGAUAUAAUAUGUCCCCAGUCAAGCAUGUGAAAAUGAUCAUUAAAAAAUAUAUAUAUAUAUAUAUUUAUAAGUAACUGCCCCCAUAAUUGAACAUAAUUUACUAUAAGCAUAUAAUUAGAAUAUGUAUAUAUUUGGUGUAAAAAAGGUUACCAUCUACUUUAUUGAUUUUAAUAAACCUAUAUAAUAAAACUUUAAUCAAU